AACUCAGCUUAUUUGGGCAAAGAAUGAGACUGUGUAAUGUGUGUGUGCACAGUCAAUGCAUUUCUUAUGUACUGGUUGGGAGUGUGUCGUACAGUUGGAAAGUGGCCAGAUGUGUUUAUGGAUUUUUGGAAUUUAAAUACCCAGUAAGUAGAAAAGCAACACUGAAUGGUUGGAUGAAUGGAAGUUGGACCAUCCCCUCAUCUGACAUACCGGUACUGUACAUGUAGAUGAUCACUUGGAUGUCAAAGCGUUAGAAAUGAUUGCCAUAGGAGGACAAGGCAUGGGAACUAUGCACUAAAACAUGAGGCAGAAGUCAACCGUCUGGGACAUUCACGCUGCACCCUGCACACCGAAUCACCAUGAAGAAGUUCACGUUGAAACUAGAUGCCAUCUGCGCCAAGCUGAAGGAGGGACUGACGGACGGUGCGCCCAUCAACGGGAUAUCGCUACAGCACCAGGGAGGUCCAGUCACCGGACAUCACCCGUCAUCCACUGCACGGAGGGAGAUCUUGAAUGGGUCUGAGAGUGGCGUGUCACCAUGUCACAGCGCCAACGAACUGGACAGCGAAUCAACUAACAGCCAGGAUGAAGGCAACGAGGAGAAUGGAUUCCUGGAAGCAGACCCGCUUUUGGGGAAAGGUCUGCUCAACGGCCAUGCCGAAACAACCAAAAUACUCAGCGGUGCAAGCAAGCGCAAGGCCAGGCUAAAACUGGCCCCCCGCCGUGUUGUGGACUCGGUGGAUACUCACCCACCGCAUGAAAAUGGUUACUCAGACUCGUUAGCAGUGGACAUGAGAUAUCCGGGGGGCGAGGGGAUGUCCAAAACAAUCAACAGAGGAUGCAGCAACAAAUCUCAGGGAAGCAACACAAGCGAUUCAACCUCUAUGCAAAUAUCUCUGUCUCGUCAGGACCUGGACUCGGCAGACAACCAAGGCAAUAAUUAUGUAUAUAAGACACAAAUUGAGGGCGCCCUCAGCAACCGGUCGAGUCCGACGAGCGACGAUACGCCUCUGUGGUACGCAGACGAUUUGCCCAGCGAGAAUGGCAAUUAUCGUGAGAUGUACGAGGAGGGUGAUGGUGAUGAUGAAGAUAGCCUGGAUGAGUUGGAUGACACACCGAACCCGGCAAACUUGAGCAAUCUUAAAGCAAUACAGGAAUACGCAGAACGGAGCCUGACGGACGACCAAUCAGGUCAACCGAUCGAAGAAGGCCUGGCCACAAACGACGUUAUCUGUGAAGUCUCAGAGGAAGGCAUGGAGGAGGCCGAUUCCUCAUCAACAAUGCAGAAUGAGACAGGAAAACCCUCCCCAGACACGCUGAACAGAAACACUGACGAUGAUGACGAUGAUAAUAAUCAGGACGAAGAUUACACUAUCCCAGCAGACUUCAGGCGCAUCCCUCUGAAAAUACCACUCCCUGUCUUUGGCAAGAAGGACAAGCACGGUAAUUCCUACGACCCGUCGGUUGUGCAGGAGUACGCCGGCGACACAAUGAACGAACUCAUAGGAAUGUACGGGUUCGAGGAGAGAUCCAAUCCAGAUAUUGCAAAGGACGUACCGUUGGACUCUUUCAGCUUCAAAAACAUACAGAAAAUGGAAGAGAAGAACUCGAGUAAACGUAAAAAGGAUGCCAUCAAGAAAUACAUCCAUCGACGAGCCAGCCUCCACAUCCCUGAUCUGGCUCGACUCCACGCAGCCCACUCCAGCACUUCUCCAGACGACACCGGUUCCCAUCUACCGCAAGGUACCGAUGAAUCCGAUGACCUGCCUACCCAGGGCAAUCCGCUAGGGGGCGACGUCACAUCGCAGUUGGCCUCUCAGGCAGGCGUUGGAGGAAGAGUAGCGUCUCUACCGCAAGCGACGGAGCCCCAGUCCAAGAUGAGACUCCCCCCACCACCGUUUGGGAAGACGUCAAAGACAGUGAAAGACCUCAUCAACGAGCAGAAGGGUAGAGAGGAAGGGGCGGAGCUAGAGGAGGGGGAGGAUGAAUUCAGACCCAAACGGUUCUCCAAGUAUGACUUCUUCAUUCAGAGCUUAGAAGCUGGCCAGGCUAUUGAUUAUUCGGCACACCGCAUCUCCAAGUACGACAGCUACAUCCGCAAGCUGAAAGCCGGCGAGGCCAUCCACAAGGUCAUAGGUCGCAGGCAGAGCGCGUCUCAGAAGAUCCGUGACAUCAUCAGCACCCAGAUCCAUCGGAAGCACGAGCACAGCGGCGACGCCGCGCAAAUGUCCGAAGAACAACACAGCGAGGUUACGGACGAGAUGCCAUCAGAAGCCUUCAACCCUGUUGUCAAUAACCACAUCAAGACGUCCAAAUACGCAUCCAAGUACGACUACUAUCUCAACAAGCUCCGGAACGGGGAAGAUGUCAAUCCUUAUGAGAUCAUCCUCCCAGAUCAUGUGGCUUCAACCUCCGGCUCGGAGACGACCUCAAACGGCAUCCCCUCACAAUCCACCAAUGGCCACGCAGCGCUGUUAGACUACACCAGCCAGGCAGGGGACCUGGGAAAUCUUGUGAUUGCCGAGGAGCCGGAGCAGCAAGACUUUGGGGAAGGGACAAGCAAGAGGAACAUCUCCAACGGCUUGGCCAAGAUGGUCAAAGAUGAGAUCACACCGGGAGAGAUGAACGUCUUCAGCAAGUACAUCACAAGAUACUCUGGCUCAGCACAUUGUGGCCAUCUGCACUGUGUCUACCAGUUUAAGGAACACUACCAUUGCAUCGACGAAGGCUGCAACUUUGCGAGGUUCACACGUAAGGAGGACGUGGUCCGCCAUUACAACUGGCACAAACGACGUGACAACUCACUCCAGCACGGCUUCAUGCGCUUCAGCCCCUCGGACAACUGCGGUCCGUACUACCCAGAAUGCACCAUCAACCUCAAGCACACUCACUACCACUGCUUACAGACUGGCUGCAACAAAGUCUACACCAGCACCUCGGACGUCCUGACCCACGAGAACUUCCACAAGAAGAACAUGUCGCUGAUCAACGAGGGCUUCCAGCGCUUCCGAGCCACGGAGGACUGCGGGGUCCCCAACUGCACCUUCUACGGCCACAAGACCACCCACUUCCACUGCCGGCGGCCCGGCUGCGACUUUGUCUUCAAGAACAAGUGCGACAUCGAGAAGCACAAGACCUACCACAUCAAGGACGACAUCUACCGCAAGGAUGGAUUCAAGAAAUUCAGCAAACACGAGAAAUGCAAGUACAACUGGUGCAAGUACUCCAACAAUACCAACCACUUCCACUGCAUCCGCAAGAACUGCGGCUUCGUCUUCACGGCGGCCAAUCAGAUGCAGUCCCACAAGCGCAAGCACGACCGUCGCCAGCGCAUCCUGGAGUACGAGGCAGCCCGCCACCAGCGAGGGUUCUCCCUCCGACUGAUCCGCCCUAAGCCCACCCCGGGCCUGUCCACCAUGAGGCGUCUCCGAGACGCUCCGGAGACGGUCCUGAUCCAAGCGGACGGGUCCGUGCUACCGCAGCGGGUCAAGCCUCUUGAUUACCUCUCGUCUCCUACUCUUGUACCGUCGACUUCUCAGCUGGCUCUCACACCGAUCACUCACGCUGACGAUGAAGCAACCAGCACCACAGCGGAAACGGACAUGCUACCGUCGGCGUUUACUAGCAUCACAUCAGGAGGGGUGUCUUCAGAGGAAGGACUGAGUGACUCGCUCAAUCUGCCUGUUGCUUCUCACAUUUCUCCUCCGCAAUUAGGUCCUGGAGUAAGCACAGAGACAACCGCGUCCUCUUCAGCAGCUCCUCCUCCUGCUGCAGCAGCAGCAGCAUGCAUAGCCCUGGCUACAGCGGCAAGUCAGAGCGGCGUGGCACCGUCCCGCAGUGCUGGCAGCACUUUCAGUAGCCCAGGCGUCAAGGAGGGGAAACCAGAGGAACCGUGGCAGAAAUACCUCAAGAGGUUCACGGCCAAUGACCCGUGCCGACCUCGCUGUGAGCUGCUUUACAAAGACCACUACCACUGCAAGGUGGAGGACUGCGGUGCAGUCUUCAAGUCCAAAGAGGGCGUUAACAAGCAUGCUAGAUACCACAUGCUUUCAGACGAGGCCAAUGACUUGGGUUUCCAGUACUUCCAGCAAGGCGAGAGCUGUGAGGAGCUCUUUCCUGGAUGCUCCUUCAGCCCGCUGGCUCACUACCACUGCAUGUGGAGCCUAAAGCCAGGUAUUUACUGUGGUGAGGUUGUCCACACCGGCAGCUCACUCAUGAGACCACACUACGAGAAGCACAAGAUGAAUCCUGAGCUGGAAUCCAUCCACAUCUCAGCAGUCUCCUUCGCAGAAGUUCAAGCUCGGAGCACUCCCAAGACCUCCAACAAUCCCGCUUCUGCCACCAUAUCCACUCCCACACACACCCAGAGCUCUGAUCCCAGUGAGGUGCCCGGCUCAACGCCGGCGACUGAUCUACUUCCAAGUACUUCUUCCCCAGGGGUGGCGUCAAGUGAGGGCUUCAUCACUUGCGAACCCGACGUCUGCACCGUCGAAGACUGCCCUCACAGGGCCAAGCAGCACUACCACUGCACCCGAGGCGAUUGCCAGUUUGCCACCGAGAGCCAGGACAUGCUGAGAGACCACAAGGUCAACGAGAGUGUCAUCUUCCAGAGCUUCCGGCAGAUGAGUCGCAAGAUGGAUUGUCGACGGCCGGGUUGCAAGUACAACCUCCUCAACAAGCAUUACCACUGUCUCCAUCAGGGAUGCAAUUUCUCCUUCCUACAGAUUCAGCAGAUGGAAAGUCACGGCCGAAAGCAUAUGAGACGCAUCUAUGGUAAACACUUCAACAAACCAGGAGGCUCUCUGAUUGGUCCACAGCAGCUUGUCAUACCGAUGGUAUCCGCCAGCUCGGUACCCUUCUCAUCAGCGGUGUCCAACCAAAUCAUGUUCACCAGCGCAGCGCCGAUUCUAACGCUGCCCUCCCUGACGCCGAGCGUUGUGCCUGGUAUGUCGUCAGCUAACACAGGUAUCAUGAAUGCCGGCAGUCUGGGGUUGAUGAGUGUCGGCGGUAUGGGAGUGGUCAAUCAAGUUGGAGUGCCAAUCCAAAUGAUCACUCCCUCUGUUCCCACAAGUUCCUCCAAGCCGUUGCCCCCGUUCAUGAUCCCGCUGUCCCCACUAGACGAAGAAGAUGUCAACGGUAACCAGCAACAGCCGAGUACCAGCCAGAAUUACAACGGCAUUGCUCAGCUUAAGUAUCAACCGCUAGCACUGAACAGUCACGAGGACGUGUACCCAGCAAUGGUGCCGAUGCCUCGCAAGAGGUCCUUGAAUCUGAUAGAGGAGGACCCAGGAGCCCCUUCAGGGUACAAGCGCUACAAACGGGGACCCUUGGAUUCCAUGAUGAUGGAUCGUUUCCGUCGAUUUGACCGCAGUGAGACCUGCGGCGAAGACGGCUGCCAGUUCAACAUGACCACGACCCACUACCACUGCCUGCAUGAGGAUUGCACCUACCGCUUCGCCGGCAAGACCAUGAUGUACAAGCACGCCCAGCAUCACGACCGGGUCAACAGCAUCAUCCAGCACGACUUCCGACGCUUCAAGGCCAACAACGAGUGCGAACAGGACAGCUGCCCGUACCAGGGCAACAGCACCCACUUCCACUGCCUACGCUGCACCUUCGUCUGUACGGACUCCGGGAAGGUGGCGGUGCAUCGCAAGCAGCAUGUCAAGACAGACACCAUAUCGGCGGCGGGUUUCAGGCAGUACAGCAGCGCUGAGCCCUGCGGCUUCGUCGGAUGCAAGUACACCUUGCGGUACUCCCAUUUCCACUGCACUAGGGAUGGAUGUGUGCAAGGCGUGAUUGGAAUGACGCAGAUGGAGACCCAUAGGAGGAGGCACAUGCUCAACGUGCGCGUAUAGUGAGUUAGCUGGUACCUGAAGUUCUUGUGCAAUCCAAGGUGAAGUCAAAUGACUCUAGUCAAAGGUGCAUGUGCAGCUGGUUUGUCCAACUGGGUCACAGGUGCACUGCAGGUGCAUUGCAGGUGCAUCGCAGGUGCAUCGCAGGUGCAUCGCAGGUGCAUCGCAGGUGCAUAUUGGAAAAUCUAAUAGCUGCAUUUAGUAGCACCCUCCAGCUAAUUAAAUGCAUAUGCCAUCUAAUCUCUGCUGUCAGCAAAUCUCUAGUUGUGGCGUGACAUCAAUGAUGGCAAUUGAAGUGAUACCAGUAACAUGUUAAUUUUAGUCGAUUCCCUACUGCCGUAAAGUUUCAUAAAAAUAUGCAUGAAAAGAAGACCUGUGGUAAAAAUGAUGUCUUCUUUUUUAAAUCAUGACCUUAAAUUAGUGAGGUCAUAUAUGCAAGUAGUUUGUAAAGUUGUAACCCAAUAAAAGUUUUUUUUUUUUUUUCCCAAAGAGUGGCAGCUUGAUGUACAGUAAUACUUACAAACACCACGCGUGUUUGUGUUUCAACACAAAGAUUCCAGCAAUAUGGUUAAUUUUGAUGUCUAUUUGGGGGGGAAAAGAAAAGAACUAAAGUCACAAUAUAUAUUUUACGAGAAAAAAAGAAUUUUUUUAUUUCACAAAACUGCACUAAGCACAACCGUGCUGGUCUUCCUUCUGCACCAAAAUUUUAUUUUGAAACAACUUUUUGUUUGUUUUAGAACCAUCCAAAGUGCCAACCGAAAGGCCUUCCUACAAAAGAAAUCGAUACCUGCAAAUGAUAGUGUUCUUGGGAAUGUUUAUAUAUCAGAGACAGAAAUGUUUUCCAUUAAUUCUCAUUGAAAAACUUAUUGAGCAACACUACUUCCUAAAAAUCUUGAAUAAGUUAAAAAAUUAAGAUAAUACUCGAAUGCUGUGAUGUCCUUUUUUUCCCUUGAUUGUAGCUUUCAAUACAAGAUUGUACAUCCCAUGAAACCCACAGAUCACAUGACAGAUACUAUGUGUCACGUGACAUGUUCACAUGGUGUAUCACGUGACACCCAACAGAAUGAUCUGAAAGACAUGCAUCACAUGAUGUACAGAAAGUGGUUCGGUCAGAUUUGUAAAAAAAAAACCACAAAAAAAACAAGGAUGUUGUUGAAAUACAAGGAAUGAAAAAAGUGUUGUGAUUUCAUGGUUUACAUACUAUGUCUAUAUUAUCCUCAAUAUCUGAAUGCUGUUUUACUUCUCGGAGUCUAUAAACAUAGAGCAAUAUGUACAAAUAAAUGUCGUGUGGAUGUGAACGGAUAACGCUUAUCUUAGCAAUAAUGAUGUACAAAAGAAUAUCAAAAGAAAAAAAAGUAGACGGAUUGUAAAUAGUGUUAGCUGGACAGAGAGAAACAGUAUUAAAAAGAGUGAUUCUAUUAUUUUAUUGUCUAAUAAUCAUAUCAAAAUUAAAAAUUAAAAUGAAAGAAUAAUUAUCACAUUGUAUAGGAGAAAAGCCUUUGAGGGCGCAGUCAGACUGGAAGCAAUUUUCCCUCAGAAAAUAUGUUUGAGGGAUACGUUUACAUUGAACUUAAGCUGUGCGUAUUUUCUUUCAUUGCUGUGCAAGUUUUCCUGAACUUCAUUACAAAAAAAAGAAGCAUUAUCAUAAUCCUAUUCCGUUGUAGACUAUUCAUAUGUCUUUAUCAUACAUCCCAAUGCUACCCAAAUAUGCUUACAUUAAGCAUUUUUUCAACGUUGCUAAGCAUUAUAUUUGCUUGCUGCACCAGUUGCUGCACCGGAAGUCAUAGAAUUUUAUUGAAAUUGCAAACUUCAAAUUAAAAAAAAAGAGUUAAAUUCUGCAUGUGCAAAGUUUGUGUUACAUGAAAUAGUUUGAUCCCCUUGGAAAAACAAAAACUAAAAAAUUACAUUUGCUGUAAAAGAGUUCGCCUUAUUUGAAACUUAGAAAUGCUGUGGUUUAAUUGGAAGUUCAUAACUUUCUUUUCUGUUUACCAAACACACAUAUACUUGUUGUCUUUAGAGGUCAAACCUUGACUUUAGGUAAAUUGACUCUCAGUGGUUGAUGUUCUAUGACUAUUAAAUGUGUCACAUUUUCCAGAAAGAAUAAAAUACUUCUAUCUUCAUCUAUGUAAAAGCAAUAACUCUUGUACAAAUUGUAAAUCUUCUUGAAAUCUCUGAAUCUAAUCAUUUCUUUUUAUCAUCGUCGUCUGUAAUUAGUAACUGGAAAUUCUAUAUAUUAAAAAAAUUCUGUAUGAUAAUCCUCUCUUCCAUCUAAGUAAUCAAUGCAGAUUGUUGUGAACUGUCAGCAAUCAUUGUCUUUGAAACUCUGAGGUCUUUUGUAUAACUAACUGUGUCUGUUCAUGUUCAUACUCUAUCAGAGUUAUGUAACUAUCGUUAAUUCACAGCUGUUUCUGUAGUGUAGGAAUGUCUUUUGUAGCGUAGUCUUCCUCUCCGUUGUGCAGUUUUAUGGUCAAUUUUCUUCCAGAACUCCGACAGAAUUUAUUGGGAGUUGUAAAUGGACAUUUAUUUACAAGUCUUGGAAUGUUCAAAAUAAAUAUACACUCUCGUGCAUAAGUAGUCUGUGGUUCCUUACACCAAAAAAAGAGACAUUUUUGAAUGAUUAAAUUUCCAAAUAAUCCAAAUAAUCAAAAUCAAAUCGUCAGAUGGUUGUUGAUAAUAAUGAUAGUAUACCGUUUCCUGUGGUGGUCACAUGUACCUCUAUGCAAAGUAUUGUGAUAUUCUCCGUUCCAUCGCUUGUAAUGAACUAUUUUUGUUACCUUAGUCCCCAGGGUGUUUUGUAAAUAAAAUUAAUUCUAAUCAAUCUUGCAUUUAUGUAGCACAACAAAAUCAAACAACCAAAUAAAAACAGGAAAUUAAUCUUGCUUUCAAAUUUAAAAGAAAUGAAAGGGUAAGAAUCCACCCCUAAUACAUCAAUUUUUGUACAGAUGUCAAAGACCUUUCUAAAUCAAAGUAGGAAAUUUAGUACAAGCAUUUGUGCAUUUUUUUGUCCGAUUUUUGGUCCUAUUUGUUGAUGUUUGCGAUUCAAAUUAAGACCUGUUUCCCCAAAAAUUUUGAUAAUCUUUUGAAUGCUUCCCAAAUGUCAAGGAAAAAAAUUAAAGGCUUUUUUUGUUAUUGACACUAAAAUUUACACUUGAUCUUUUUCUUUGUCUGCAUUGGAUAUUAUCAGACAUAAUAACCACGAUGCAGUUGUUGUUUUUAAAGAUUGUUUAUCCAUCCAGGGUAUUUGUAACAAAAAAAAGAAAGAAGUCAACCAAUUAAUAUUAAAAAAAAAUAAAAAUCAGUUCCUUGUAGUAUUUUUGUACAGUUUAUGCUAGAUCUCCAAAAAAAAGAAGAAAAUUUGAUAUGUUUUGUAACCUUUUGUGGAAGUUAGUAGGUUAAAUAGGUGUAAUCUCUGGUUGAUUAAUUAAAAAAAAAUGUCAUGGGGGUGUUAAAGUUUGGGGGAAAUGUACCGUUUAGAACGUAUCAAUUUCUGAUGUGCGUAUGAAUGGUUGAUCGUUGAUGUGAAAUCUGAAGAGGGUUGACAAAGAUUGUGAUAGGUUUCCAAAUCUAUGGCUACGGCUAGGAACUACACAUGCGUCUAUGGAAGCGGCUGAAGCCACUUCCCAUAGACCCGUGCGUUACUGCUAGCCAUAGCCAUGUAACGAUGUGGCUUUACACUGUCUGAUUUUGGUCAAUUGAGGGCAGUAGAUACUUCAAUUGAUAGCGUACACACAGAUAAGAAUUCGUUGAAUUUGUAACAGUGCCCUCGUGGUCAUUGAUGGUCAGUCCCUUAGUCUCUUAUUCUACUUUCAUAUUGUGGGGAUUUCAUCCAGGAACCCCUUCGAAUUGCGCAAUCGCCCCACCCUCCACUCCGCCCCCAUUUUGGCAUCGCGCCAGAAAUGUUAACAUCUGAUAUUGUAUACCAAUUUCAAAAGUUACCAAGUAUGCGACGUGAUACAUGUUCAUCAUAAUUUUAUUGCUGUUAAAACAAAGGUAACAUUGUGCUUUCAUUGGAAGAUUUCUGUAGAGCGUAGUCCUUGAAGCGUACGUAAAUGGUAGAUGCAAGUUCUUAUGUUUGUAAAAGUGAUAAAUCCUAGGAUUGUUACAGUGAAAAUAUAUCGUGUUGCUGAAGUUUCCAAUGCAUGGACGGCGUUCAUGGAUUUCUUGAUCUCCGUUGUAUAACUUCAUACAGAUGUCUUAAAUAUUGUUUUUGCUAUAGAGUGUAAUUUAUUGUAGGUACGGUCAAUGAUUUCUGAUUUAUUUUAUAAAGAAAAAAAUUGUAAAGUUAUGAUAGCAGCUUCCGAGAGUUUCUAGUUGUAUCGUACUCUAUGAAUUUGUAAAAUAUGUAAUUUUUUCCCAGUUUCUCGAAAAUUGCAUGAGUGAUCGGAAUUAAUAGUAUAUACGAGAGAAAUGUCUCUGUAAAUUACCAUAACCAUCACCAAUUGGACUGUUGAAGUAUGUAUUCGGUGGUUUUUUGUUAACUAUAAUCCAUUUUAACUGUGGCGUGUGUGAUUUUAAUAUAGAGGAUUUUGUUGUGAACUUCCUCAUAUUUACCUGUAGUUUAUAUGUAAAUGUACAAUACGGCCCACUGUGAUUGGUCCGAGCUGUGAUGACAUCAUAGACUGGCUUGUGACCAUUGGUGGGAUUUAUGAUGAUGUCAUCAGUUGCAGAUACCAAAACCUGCUGCUAUUGGCCAGUUGGGUACUGGGUUCAGAGAACAGGGUUGUGAUUGGCUUGAGCUUCACUGAUGUCACAAUCACUCUGUCAAAAUUUCAAUCAAGUUUUUACAGUUGUUUAAAAAAAAUACAUGAAAAUCAAUUCUUCAAUGUUUAUCUGAUAUUGCGCUUGAUAAGUUGAGCACAUUUUUGUUGGUUUUUGUCUUUUGCCAUUAGUGAUGUUUCUUGCUCGACAGUCUGAUUUUGCUGCCAAAAAAAAGUUAAAAUGGCAUGGCAGUUGUGAUGUUGGUUUGUUGCAGUGCUAGCAGAUAUUUAUCCUUAUAAUUACAAAUUUGACUUUGUUAAAAAAAAGUGUGCAAAACAUAAGAUGAUUUUACAAAGGUGUGCAUUCCAGUAGUAGUCAAAAAUAGUACGUAAAUUUGUAGCCAAAUUGUAGUUUAUGUAUGCAGUGUUGAAUGUUUUUAAUGUGAAUUUUCUGCUUGAAAUUUAUUUGACAAGUGAGUGGCAAUCAAGAAAGGGACACUUUAAAGUAAAUAUAUGUUUCCCGUAUCCUUUUUGUAGCAGAAUUUGAAAGACUUUUUUUUUCUGUUGAUGUGCAAAAUUAUUUUCUGAUUUUUUUUUUACGUGUUGUACAAGUAGUGAUGUCAGUACUUUUUUCGAUAUUUUUCAUGUGUGAGACAAGUCUGAUACGAUUUGAUUUAAUUUUGAUUUUAAUUAAUUUGAUUUGAGUUUGGCAGAUUGAGAAACAGAUGUUGCACGUGCUGUGUUUACAGUGCCAUGCUAGCUCUGUGCAUAUCAACGUUCGUUAACAUAUCAAGUCGAAAUUAACGCAGUAUCGACAAGCUAGCAUGACGUUGACAGCACAAUUUCAAAUUAACAAUGGAGUGUUCUGUUUUGAUUUGUGAAUGAAAAACUGAAUUUUUGAUUUUUAAUUAAAAAAUAGAAUUUUGGACAAGAUUAUGUUUUCCUCUGAAAGAACAGUUUUAUUUGGUAUAAGCUGCACGAAAUUGUAUCAUACAAUUAUUGUAUGCACGUUUAACGCUUCUAGCAAAAAGUUCUGAAUUUGUUUUUUAAGAACUUCAAAGCACUUAAAAAAAAAAGUAAUACAACUGUAUAUCUUUCAGAGCUAAUCAUAAUUGAUACUUCUCGAUUCGAUCUAUCUCCUAUAUUUAAUUGAAUGUCUUCCCAGUCGAUUUUUUUAAGUUGAAUAAACCAUAGAAACCAGA